AUGAAUAAUAAGGAGGUAAUCAAUUUGUACAUAGAAGACAGAUAGGAUACCUUAGAAUGGAUGGGAGAUGAGGUUGAAAUAGAGACUCUUGAUGAAGUGGUUACAUUUAUUCUAAAUGACAUAAAGCAAAAAUAUCAAACUGAUCUCCUUACUUUGAGAGAUCAAGAGAAUCAAUAUUAUGAGAUUGACCAGAUAGUUGAAUUCAAAAGACCUCAUACAUACAUCACAAUACCAUAGAGACAAGAUGUGAAGACUUUAGCAAAGAAUGAAGUGAGAUUAAAUCGUAAUACUUACACAAUCAAAAAUGACAGUAUACUAUUGGAGAAGUAUAAAGGGGCACGCAAAGUGGAAAGUGUUGAUUACCAAUUGACUGCUAUAAAAAAGGCGAAUCAAAAAUAUGUGGACACCUUAAUAGGCAUUUUUGAUGAUUUAGUUAUCCAACCAAAAAAAAGAAACUCUAUAAAGAAUGAAGCGGUUAAGCCAAUUCAAUUUCAAAAUGAACCUGAAUCUCCGAAGUUCGGUUAAUCUCCUAAAGAAAGCAUCUCUCCUAGUUGGAUUUUAAGGAAAUAACUUAGUGAUAGUAGCAAGAAAAAUGAUUUAAAGUAGUGUACAAUCGAGGAGGUAGCCAAACAUAACACCAUCAAUUCAGCAUGGAUUGUUAUCAACUCCAAAGUUUAUGACGUUACUAAAUACUUGAAUAAACAUCCUGGUGGUCAAGAGGAACUCAUGAAAGGUGUAGGAACUGAUGGAACUGCCUUAUUCAUGUAAAAUCAUCCUUGGGUCAAUGCCCAUUAUUUAUUAGAACAGUUUUAAGUUGGAUUUUUAAUCAAUCAUAAAUGA